AUGUUGUUCCGCAACUUCCUCACCCACUUGCGGCAAUCGCACCACGUUUUUGUGAUAGGAAUGUCUAGAACAUCGGAAAUAGAUCCAGCAAUUAAAACUUUGUUCGAGGCCGAAAUCAACUUGAGCUAUCCAGACUUCUUAUCGACAUAUGGUUCGUUCAGCUUCUUGUACUCCGAGAAAUCUAUGCUCCUAGAUUUAUGUGCUGAUCUCAUUAGCCAAGGAUGGAAGAAUAACCAACUUCGGAAGCAACCUUCAACUCUCUGGGAUGUUUUGAUUGUAAGAAAUUACGUUCAUAAGUUCAACCGUUAUGAUUUCCAGAAUACUACGGCACUGAACUGCGGCGAAGUAAUCUCGAAUAUUCGAAACAACUGGUUUCAAAAUUGA